AUGACUGCCACCCCCGACCCUGUCUCUGCCACUUCCACGUGGGGAACCCCCAGUGAGGAUGCCAUCACCCCGUCUUCCACAGGUGCAGCAUCUUCCCUGGUGACCGAGCUGGUGGCCAAGGACGGGAGCUGGGUGCACAUGGUGGGCAUGGCGCACUUCAGCGACGACAGCAAGAAGGACAUGGUGAAGACCAUCUGGGAGGUGCAGCCUGAUGUGCUGAAGAUGAACGAGUGUACACUGCUGCAUGAGGCCAAGGACAUCAGCCUGGAGAAGCUGCAGUAGGCCAUAAGGCAGAACAGGGUCAUGUCGGGACUCAUGCAGAUGCUGCUGCUGAAGGUGUCCGCCCACAUCACUGAGAAGCUGGGCAUGGCCCCUGGAGGUGAGUUCAGGGAGGCUUUCAAGGAGGCCAGCAAAGUGCCUUUCUGCAAGUUCCACCUGGGUGACCAGCCUAUCCCCAUCACCUUCAAGAGGGCCACUGCCACCCUCUCCUUCUUGCAGAAGAUCAAGCCAGCCUGGGGCCUAUGUUUCCUGUCAGACCCUAUCAGCAAGGAUGACAUGGAGUGGUGCAAGCAGGACCUGCUGGAGCAGAUGAUGGCUGAGAUGAUUGGCGAGUUCCCCAACCUGCACUGCACCAUCGUGUCUGAGCGGGACAUCUACCUGACCUACAGGCUGAGGCAGGCGGCCUGGUGCCUGGAGCUGUUGCGUGCCUCUGAUGCCGAGUGCAGAAAGUGCGUCCCCUCCAUGGUGGUGGGCAUUGUGGACAUGGGCCAUGUCCCUGGCAUCGAGAAGAACCGGACCACUGACCUCAACAUCCAGGAGAUAAUGAUGAUCCCCUUGCUGUCCGUCUCUGGCAGAGUGCCCUGGCUGACCAUGAAAGCCACCUUCUUGGGCCUCCUGGGCUACAGCCUGUACUGGAUGGGGCGCCAUGCCAGCAGCCUGGUCUUGUCACUGCCUGCCACCCAGUACUGCCUGCAGAGGGACACUGAGGCCUGGCCACACAAGUAG